CGAACCUGUGCCAUUAGGGAGUAGGGCAACAACCCCUGCAGGCCAGCACUGGGGGACACAGGCCGGGCGGUCCUGGGUGCGAGUUGCGCAGCGAGCGGCGCUCGCAGGGAAGGGGCCGGCGCUAGGACCCGGUGAGAGCGCCCCGCUCCCCCCCGCGCCCCUCGAGCCCAGCAUUCCGCUCAUUCCAUCCUGAAUGGAAGUGAUUGUUGUCACACUGUCCGCGCGCAUCCACGUCCGCAUGCACGCGCGCACACACGCGGACCCCCGGCGGCGGUCCUAACCAGCGAAGCGCGUGUGGUGACUCUAUACGGGAUCCCGGCCGCGGGUCCGAGUCCGAGUCCAGGCCGGUUCUGUCGGACCUUCCCUCCGUGGAACUUCGGAGGGUGGCGACUCUGCGCGCCUCCCGCACGUGAGCGGUGACAUUUGAAGCGCGGGCCGCUUCGGAGCCACUUUCCCGGUUUCCGCCGGGUCGUGGCGUCCACUGCCACUUGGCGCUGGAAAACCGCCGGGACGGAACGCACAGAAGAGCAUCCCCCGGGUACCGCGGACUGCACGGUCCAAUUGGGACGCUGGAUGACUUUGCCUACCGCUACCCUGAGGCGGUGGCCUUCAGCGGGGGGCAUGAGCUUCCUCAUCUGAUGGUUCCGCAGGUUGCCGGAACAGAGAGGGAACUGCAGUCAGGUGAGGAGCCAGGGUUCAGCGUGUGCAUAGCCCCAUCCCCCACGCACCCUGCCGACAGGGAAAUGCGAGGGUCUGAGGACACGGCUUCAGGAACAGUUCUGCAGCGGCUGAUGCAGGAGCACCUGCGGUGCGGGGGUCAGCCCGGCGACGGCAGCAGCCUGAUGUCUGCGCAGCAGCAGCCUCUGUCCCUGCCCCUAGGGGGCCAUGUGUCGGCCCCCCUUCAGUCACACCCGUCCGCAGCUGGUGCCGCCACCUCUGAGGAGCCCCUUCAGGACGAGCUGCAGAUGAGCCACCAGUCGGCGCGGCAGGAGCCGCAGGGCCAGGAGCACCAGGUGGACAGCGCCUCCAUGGAGAAGCAGGGUGUCCGGGUUGCAGCGCCGCCGCAGCUGUUGGGUCAGCAGAAUGACGAGGAGCUGCCCUCCUAUGAGGAAGCCAAAGCGCAGUCGCAGUUUUACCGCAGUCAGCCGCCACCACCGCAGCCGUUCUCUAUCAGCACGGGCUACUACCUGAGCGGAGGGGUGUCGGCUGCCCCAGCGCCCCCAGUCUCCCCUGUCGGUGCUGCUCCGCCUUGCUCGGUCGCCUCCCAAAAGGCCCGAACGGAAGGCCGGGCAUCGGUGAGCCGCUCUGGGGCUGCCCCCCCCCACCGGGAUGAGGCGCUCAAGGAGCUGAAGCAGGGUCACGUGCGCUCCCUGAGUGAGCGCAUCAUGCAGAUGUCCCUGGAGCGCAACGGGGCCAAGCAGCAGCCCCCGACCUCCGGCUGCAGCAGUCUGCCCCCCCAGCCUUCCUCCUCCUGCAGGGCCCCGAAAAGCAGCCCACCCCCCUUUCUGUCCUCAGUGGCCCAGGCUAAAGGAGGGCCAGACCCCCGAGGGCCCCCGCCGGAGUACCCCUUCAGACUCAGACAGACCCCGUCCCCUGCAGCCAAGGUGGUGCCGGCUCCCUCUCCUGUGGACCAGGGGCUGGUGUUCGGUGACCCGCACUCCAUCGUGGAGCUGCCUAAGUGCUUCCCAAACCCGCAGCCCACAAAGACGGAAAUCACCUACGUGAGAUACCCUUCGCCACCAGAGUACUUCACCAGGCAGUUCCCAGUGUCCCUGUCCCUCCAGCAGCACAGUCCCAUGUCCUCGCAGGCAUCGUCUUUGUCUGGAGCCGGAGCGCCGCCCCGCGCGCCCCUGCUGUCUCCGCCGCCACCUCCACCGCUGCUGCCACCACCCCUUGCCCAUCAGCCCCCAGGAGACGCUUUUGCCAUUGUGGCUCGCGCCCAGCAGAUGGUGGAGAUCCUGUCAGAGGAGAACCGGGCACUGCGCCAGGAGCUGCAGGCCUACUGCGAGAAAGCCUUCAAGCUGCAGCGGUUCGAGGCGGAGAUCCAGAAGAUUUCUGAGGACUAUGAGGAGCUGGUGAAGAGCUCGGCCAAGAGGGAGUCCCUGGACAAGGCCAUGAAGAACAAGCUGGAGGGGGAGAUACGGCGCCUGCAUGACUUCAACAGGGACCUGCGAGAUCGCCUGGAGACGGCCAACAGGCAGUUGGCGAGUCGUGACCUGGAGGCGCAUGAGGGCUCUUGGCCACUGGGACUCCACCUCUCCCAGAGCAGGGAAAGUGUGAAGGAGCGAGAGAAGCUGGAGGUGGAGAUCACCGCCCUGCGCUCAGCCAACGAGGACCAGCGGAGACACAUUGAGGUUCUGGAGCAGGCCCUCAACAAUGCCCAGGGCAAGGUGGUCAGGCUGGAGGAGGAGCUACGGAAGAAGCGGGUGUAUGUGGACAAAGUGGAGAAGCUGCAGCACGCCCUGUCCCAGCUGCAGGCCACCUGUGAGAAGCGGGAGCAGAUGGAGAGGCGCCUGCGCACACGGUUGGAGCGCGAGUUGGAAUCACUGCGAGCACAACAGCGGCAUGGUGGGCUCGCCCCCAACGCUCCGUCCUCAGACUACAACCCGCCGGCGCUCAUGGAGCUGCUGCGAGAGAAGGAGGAGCGCAUCCUGGCACUGGAGGCCGACAUGACCAAGUGGGAGCAGAAGUACCUGGAGGAGAGCGCCAUGCGCCACUUCACCAUGGACGCGGCCGCCACUGCCGCCGCCCAGAGGGAUGCCACCAUCAUAAACCAUUCCCGUCACGGUAGCUACAGCGACAGCUCCCUGGAUGCUCGCAUCUGGCAGGAGGAGGAGGAGGAGGAGGAGAUCCUGCAGGCAAACCGGCGCUGCCAGGACAUGGAGCAGAGGAUAAAGAACCUGCAUGCGCAGAUCAUCGAGAAGGAUGCCAUGAUCAAGGUGCUGCAGCAGCGAUCCCGGAAGGAACAGGGCAAAGCGGAGCCCACCCCCCUGCGGCCCGCCCGCUCCGUGCCUUCCAUCUCCGUGGCGACCAGCCUCCACCUGCGCCAGACGUCCCAGACGGGGGGUAGCAUCCCGGAGGAGAGGAGGGACGAGCGGGGCUGGAAGGGCAGUGCGAGUGUUCUGCUGGGAAAGGAUCCCCCAGAGACCGUACCCCCCACAGCCACGUCCUCGCUACCAGCCACGCCCCUGCUCUCCGCCCACUGCAAGACGGGCAGCCGGGACAGCUGCACGCAGACGGACAGGAGCCCCGAGCCCCCGAGGGCCAUUGCUGGGCGCCCACGCCUCAGCAACACCCCCAGCAGCAGCCCCGUGCUGCGCCACACCCUGGCAAGGGGCGGAGCUGAGAGGACAGAGAGCCCCACAGCUGCCAUGAGGUCCACGGACGUCCGACACGGCAGCCACAGGCGUGACCUCCCUGACGCCGACGUUGUGGAGAUCCUCAUCUGAAAGGGGUUUACGGCAGCUUGUUUAGCAUGUGAGGACAAAGAGACCAAUGGGGGAAGAGGAGCGUAUGAAGGGAUUCAGCGGGAUGGGAAGAGGGAGGGGAGGAAGGUUCGAUGAGAGAGGAGGUGGUGUCGCCGCUUCCUCAGGGAGGCUGGAGUCUUCAAGUGUUGGAGUGUAGAAGAUGGUGAGAUGUGAACCGAUGUGGGAGAAAGGCAUCAAGGGCAAAAUGGAGGCGGGUGUUGGUUCUUCUGACAAUCAGAGCAAUAAUGAUAAUAAUAAUAACAGUAAUAUAGUCCUUUUUUACUGUCAAAAUAGUCUUAAACUUUGGCUGUACUCCCCGCUGACUACGAUGGAGCAUGUUGGGGAGUCAGGCACUGCUGAUGAAGAAGGACAAUGGCAAUGCAGAGGAGCAGAGUGUCCACCACGACAACAGCGCCACCUGACUGGACACAUGGCGCUGCAGUGUUGUUUCUUUGGAUUUUUGUUGAAAGAAGCAUCUGGUCAUUGCAGGCAAAAUUUCUCUGGGUGUUUCACCCAUUCAGUCCAGUGUUUGCGCUCCAGGCACUACCAAAGGUGGUGGGGGUUGGGGGGUGUUGUCUGCAAAAUUUCAGUGCACAUGAACUAAUUAAUAUUACAUUGUAAUUUGUUGGAGAGUGCCAUGCAGUCCAGGUUGACUAACCGGGUCUGGAGGUGGUUUACCUUGCAUUCUUCUGUGGGAUGUCUUUGGACUGUGGGAGGAAACAAGAGCAUGAAAAACAUGAAACGAGGUCACCGCCUCCCCCAACCCAUCUUCUUCCGUACUUGCAAAUUUAAGUGUUAAUUGGGGAAAAUGAUCCAAGACUGAAGAAUAGCUGUCAAUCCAUACCAAGUCAAUAUUAUAUCUUUCAUGUUCUCAUCACGUGUGUGGAGGGGGGGCUGUGCCUGUUUACACUCCUGUAUAGUGCCUUUCUCUGAACAAAACGCAAUACUGACUUCUGUGAGACAAACUUCCACAAAUAUUGACGAUUCAAGCAAGACUAAAGCUCAAUCUUCAGUGUUGCUCUAAGAGUCGACAGCAGAAGCAAAAAGUGGCUCGAAACCACUGCUGUGUCUCAGCGCCACCUUAGUGUUCUUACCUUUUAUUAUGUUUUAAUAUUUUUAAUAGCUACAAGCAAACUGGGCGAAUAGCCUAAUGCAGGAUGUGCGGACUGUUAUGAGUUUUGCGGCUUCAUGACGUGCAGGUGGUCUUCGACUUACGACCGAGUUCUGUUGUGUACGACCUCGAUGUAAGUCGCAAACCCCCUUUACUGUAUUGUACAGAACAUAAGUGUAUAGAAACAAUUACAUGCAUAAAUCCUGCAUUGUAUAAGAGACGGUGUUAUAUUUCCCCAUAUAAUU